AACACACAGCAUGGGCGUUCUCGUCAGCGUCGUCAGCGCCGUCAUCCAGAUCGACGAACCGCCGCAUGCACUAGUGUUACACGAAGCGCCAGAGCAUCCGCAUCUCUGUUUGAACUCUGCUGUUCGGUCGGCGUGACGUCGAUGGAUGUCCGAGCCCUUGGUCGUCCUGCCAAAGUUUGGCGAACGAGCCGGCGAGAUGUUCGCGUCAGCAUGCAGAAAACGAAAAAUUCGGAACACAUAGGUUUCAUCGAAGCUGCCACUCGCGCGCGUUGCGCCAAUCUGAGACAAUCUCCCGAAGCUUCUGCAACGACCAACGGAGGCUGGCGAGUGCCGGGAGUCGUACGUGAAGCGUCAUACGACUAUGCAGGUCGGACAGCAAUACACCCAAGCAACUCACGAAGAGGACGUCCAUGCCUCGUCACAGCAAAUACCCGCUGCACGACAAUGCAUGCGGCCUGCGAUGACGCGGGCUCGUCGAUCAGAAAUCAAUAUAACACAUCCCGCAGACGUUGCGAGCGCUGGGACGUCCGGCGUAUAAAAGAGGUACGCUCUCUCCCAACGAUCCUCAGCUCAUUCUUUCCAUUCGAGCUCAACUCAAGUGAGGGUACUGGUUGCCCCGCUUUUUGCACGACUGCCGUUCUUUUUGUCACGCACGUCUUAACGAACCACAUUCACCAUGCGCUACUCAACCGUUUUCUCUGUCCUUGUCGCCGCUGCGACCGCGGCACCGGCUUUGGCACUGCCCAUCAGCCUCUGGUCCCGCGCAGCAGAUGAUGAGUCGCUGUACGAGCGCAGUCUGGCGGACGACUUCUGGGCUCGCGAUGUGAUGCCCAGGGGCCCUCCCCGCCCGCUGCCGCCAACGCCGCAGCCGAAGCCGAAGCCGCGCCCACUUCCCCCGCGCCCUCUCCCCAAGCCGCCUCGGAGUCUGAGCGACUCCGAGUUCGAGGAACGUGACUUUGACGAGGACUCCCUCUUUGAACAUUCGUUCGACGACGAGGACAUCUUCUGGACCCGCGAUGUGAUGCCCAGGGGUCCUCCCCGCCCGCUGCCACCAACGCCGCAGCCGAAGCCGAAGCCACGACCUCUUCCUCCCCGCCCGCUCCCCAAGCCGCCACGCAGCUUGGACGAGUUGGAGGAGCUGUUGGCUCGCGAGUUCGAGGAUGAGCUGUUUGCGAGGUCGAUGGAGAUCGACGAGUUGGAUUGA